CUAUUAUCAUAUUUAUAACUGUCUUACUAUACUCAGUCUUAAAACUGAUGUUGGGUGCUCUCACUGAUUAAAUUUUAUGUACUGACUGAGACUAUGGAAUUAGCAGGAACAGCUAGAUCUAAACCCGCUGCAGAAAUUAUAAUUUUCUUUUUAUUCAUUGCAAUACAAUUCAAUAAUGUAUCUGCAGCCACUGCUCCUAGCAACCUCUCUUCUUAUGGAAGCGACUUUUAUUUGGCAUUUCCAGGAAAUAUCUAUGCUUAUGGAGAAAGAAGGCUUAACCUAACAGUGCACACACUCGUGAAUGCAUCAGUCCAUUACAGCAUUGAGUCUCUUGAUCAAGGCUUUAGCUACUCUGGUACAACCACUGCAGGAAAUCCUGAUGUAGUUGUUAUACCAUUGACUUAUGAGGUCUUGUUUUCUAACUAUUCAUACCGAAAGUUGGGCCUGCAUAUUACAUCACCUGAGACUGACCCUGUAUCUGUUGUUGCAUGGAAUGAUAAUUAUGUUUAUGGCUACCUUUCAUUUCUUGGGCUUCCGUGUCACAUUCAACCAACAAACCAGUAUGUAUAUUAUGCAGUUUCAUCUCAUGGUAUUAGGGAAUUAUAUGGUUAUAUCGUUCUUGUUGGAUGCAUGAAUAAUACCAAUGUCAUGUAA